UAAUAAGGAAGUGAACUCUGAUCUCAGCACAGACUCAGUUCUCUGAGGGUUGGACAGGAACUGAAGAAGUCAGAGAACAUUUCUGAUGGAGCGGAUCUUCUGAACCCCAGAAAGAUCAGACCGAACACCUGAACCUUCUGCUGCUGGUCAGGAUGAAGCUGGAGGUGAAGAUCGAGCUGCUGAAGUUCGGCUUUGUGGUGUUGAACUCCAUCUUCCUGGUUCUGGGUCUGGGUGUUAUGGGCUGUGGAAUAUGGAUCCUCUUCGACACUGGAAGCUUGCUCAAUGCUCUCUCCUCUGCGGAGCUUCGUGUGGUGGCAGCAGGCCUGUUUAUGAUCGGUGGAGUGGUGGCGUUGGUCAGCCUCACUGGAUGCACUGGAGCAGCCUUGGAGAAAAGGUUCCUGCUCCUGGUGUCCAUGGGCUUCCUCAUCGUGCUGGUCCUGGGUCAGCUGUUUGUCACAGUGCUGCUGCUUCUUGAUAAAAAAAAGAUUGAACAAAGUGUGAAUGAUAGUGUGAAUCGGAUCAUCUCUCAGUACGGGAACAGCAGCGCCAGCAGAUUAAUGGAUAACGUGCAGCAUUUUGCGGAGUGCUGUGGCAGAACCGGUCCUGGUGACUGGCUCAAGAACUCCUUCAUUCAAACUCUGAACCUGACGAGUCCAGAAGUGCUGCCGUGUUCCUGUUUCCGGACUUUCCAACCGGCUUCUGCCUCAUACUGGUGCUCGGACAACAGCAGCUUCACUGCAGCAGAGACGUGGAUUGGAGAAGGACAUGGAACAUUUAAUGAGAGCUGCAGUCAGAAGAUCAAUGAUUGGCUGGAGGAGAACAUCCUGACAAUUGUUGCCAUGGAUGCAAUCCUCAUUUUACUCCAGCUAGCUGAACUGUCCAUCGCUGCAUCUCUGUUCCGCUCGUUGGGACAAAAAGAGGUUCGUAAAAAAAACAAGCGGCUAGUUGAUGAAAGCGACCCAGACUCAUCCACUGACAGCAACCCAGCCGGCGGCGAGCAGAACCACGCCUUCAUGGACCCCGAUGGAGCCGAUGGAGGUCCUACAGACCCAAACUACAUGCCUGCUGAAGAUGCCAACAUGGCUUUUGAUCUCUACAACCAGAACCAGAACCUGGGGUACCAGGGGUACCAGGAGGCUGUCCAGCAUUACUAAAGACCUUCAGUCUGAACGGGAUAAAAACUUUAGCUUAACACAUACAAUCUUUAUUAUUAAUAAAUUUAUAUAAAAUGCAGUUCUUCUGGGUUUUUUUUUUUUUCAAGAAGAAGAAAAACAGAAACAGCAAAUAGCAGGAUGACGGCUUCUUGUUGAAGAACCUACUGGACUCAAUUGUUGGUCCUUAAUUAUGGAAUAACGGCCCCUGCACAGAAGAGAGGCUCCUUCACUGCCCACCUUUAAAACUCACCUAAAAACCCACUAUUAUUCUUUGGUUUUUAACACUAGCGAGACUAAGUUUUAAUUUUUAAUUGGUUUUAUUGUUUCUUUUAAGCAUUUUUAUGCAUUAUCGUUUUUAUUAUUACUUUUAUUAGAUGCGUUUUAGCUUGUAG